CCCACUUCCAAAAGUACCCUCGCACCGAAACACGUCACCUUCUCCAGCAUGAGAGUCUCUUCUCAUGCUAUAUAACCCGCGAGUAAAUAAUAAAUAUCAAACUCGUCAAAUCCCGUGUUUAUUAUUUUCUUAUUCAAUUUAGAUUUUGAAAAAAAAAAAAAAAAGCCAAGUACGACAGUUAUGCUCACAAAUCUCGCCUAAAGAAGCCCCCACAGUCACACUCUCACUUUCUCUAUCUCGCCGGUGAACGGUAACGGUCACUUUUCCGGUCAAUUUUGAUCUUUUUAAAAAGUUUCGAUACGGAGCUGCGUCUUCUCAUAACGGAAUUAUCUAAUAUUUAUUUCUCUCUUCUUUAAUUAUAAAUUAAACUUAAUAGAGGUUUAUGGUGUGAUAAACAGACACCACUCCGAAAGUGGAAAAAAAAAAUUAGGGUUUUUAGGUAUUAAAGAAUGAAAUGUGUUGAAGAAGUGAGUUUUGAAUUUCUGUUUCAACAAUGGUAGCUGCGGUUUCCACAACGAUAAAUCCCAAAACGACAGCGAAUCACAACAGCAGCCGGACAGCAAGACCUCCUUUGCUACCAUCAGACCCUGACAAUGCAAUCGCUCCUCCUCGCCGACCUAAAUCACGAGAAGUUACUUCUCGUUACAUGUCCUCUACAUCUUCCUCUUCUUCAACACCAAAACGGUCACCAUCACCGUUGAUUUCACGACCAACGGCUAUGACGACGUUAACUCCCUCUACUCCUUCAACAAUCAAACGGUCGUUAUCAGUCGAGCGUAGACGGCCUAACACGCCGCGUUUAAAUUCCACAGAUUUGAGGAUUAACGGUAAUGGAACGGAGGUUUCUAAUACACAUAAAAUGCUGAUUACUUCAACGAGAAGCUUGUCGGUUUCCUUUCAAGGAGAGUCGUUUGCGCUUCAAGUGAGUAAGGCAAAACCCGCGGCUCCAUCUCCGAUUAGAAAAGGUACCCCGGAGAGGAGAAAAGCGACACCGACGCCAGGAAGAGGAACAGAUCAAGUGGAGAAUAAUAAUUCGAGGCCAUGGCCAGGGAGAUUUCGUGAACCAAAUUCUUUAACUAGGAGUGUGGAUUGUACGGAUGAUAGAAGGAGAUUAACUGGAUCUGCUGUGAAUUUUAAUGUUGUUAGGGCAUUGCAAAGCUCUCUGGUGGAUAAUAAUAGUAAUGGUAAUAGUAUUAGGUCUUCAAUUGAGAGUAGAUUGAGCACUGAUUCUAGCAAUAUUGAAGUUAAUGGAUCAGAACUUUGUGAUCGUGAUCAUUCUGUUGCUUCUGAUACUGAGAGUGUGUCUUCUGGUAGUACAACAGAGGGUAUUAUUGGCAAUGGACAAGGACGGCGUGGGAUUAUUGUUCCUGCAAGGUUCUGGCAAGAGACUAAUAACAGAUUACGGCGCCAGCCGGAGCCUGGCUCUUCCAGGACUGUCGGAGGAUUGAAAGGACCUGUGCCACCUAAACUCAUUGCACCCAAGAAGGUUGGAAUAGAUAGUCCAGUUUCAUCUCCUAAAGGAGUUGUUAACAAUAGGGGACAGUUGUCUCCUGUUCGUGGUGGUGGUGCACUACGGCCUGCUUCUCCUAGUAAGCUUGGUACACCGACAGCUACCCUUUCACCGAUGAGAGGGGUGAGUCCUUCAAGAAUGAGGAGUGCUGUAGGAGCUGUUGUGAGUAGCAAUUUAAGUAAUUCCAUUAAUAGUACGCCUUCAAUUUUGAGCUUUGCCGCUGAUAUUCGGAGAGGCAAGAGUGGAGAGCAUCAGAUUGUUGAGGUGCAUGUGUUGAGGAUUUUAUAUAAUCGGUUGUUGCAAUGGCGUUUUGUCAAUGCUAGAGCUGAUGCUUCCUUGUCAGCCCAGAGGUUGAAUGCAGAGAAAAGCUUGUACAAUGCACGUGUAACAACUUCAAAGCUGCGUGAAUCUGUUAGAGCAAAAAGAAUGGAGUUACAAUGUCUCAGGCAAAAUUUAAAACUCAUUUCCAUCCUCAAGGGGCAGAUGAUUUAUUUGGAAGAGCUAGCACUUAUAGACCAUGAAUAUUCCCGUUCUUUAUCUGGGGCUAUUGAAGCUUUACGAGCUAGCACACUCCGCCUACCUGUUGUUUGUGGGGCAAGGGCUGAUAUCCAAAAUGUAAAGGACGCUAUCUGUUCAGCAGUUGAUGUGAUGCAGGCGAUGGCCUCCUCAAUUUGCUUAUUAUUAUCAAAGGUUGGGGAUGUAAACUCUCUGGUGGUUGAACUUGCUAAUGUAGCUGCAAAGGAGCGUGCUUUGCUUGAUCAGUGCAAGAAUCUCUUAUCAAUCAUUGCAGCCAUGCAGGUGAAGGAAUGUAGCCUGAGAACUCAUUUUAUACAAGUAAAACGUGUACCUUCCAGCCUAACAGCAAAAGUGUAAAGCUCAUGUCACUUGAUGCCAACGGAAAAUGCUAACAUCAACCCAGACCUUUUUUUUUGUUCUUCGGAUUCAAGGAGCCAGAUGUAAUAAAAAGUAUUGAAUGGUCCUUGGCUUGUAAAAGCAGAAGAGUGCUCACAUGGCAGGUUAGAUACGAAAAAAGGGCAGCUUAUAUUAAAUGCAUAGAUGGCAUGAAGUUGUCAUUCUCGAUAUUCUGAUUAGAUUGUAAUUUGUAUAGAGGUACUUUCUCUAUAGGGGAGCAGAGGAAAAAUAUUGUAAAUAUGCUGUAAUGAUGUUUCCAAUUUUUUCUCUUAUUCAGUAGUGUUCUUGAUGAUGUUUUCGCUUGCCAA